UCCUUUUAAUUGCAGCCUCCUCAAGCCAAACACCAGGUCUGUCAACAGACUGUGCCAGGCCCCAGUCAGAGCCGAGGAUGGGAGCUGGAGGAGGGCUGGCUGUAGCAUGGUGCUGGAGGACGCCUUUCGGCUCGGUCCUCAGCCCUGUGGCGUGCUGGAUGGAUGGCUUGAGGCGAGCGACUUGUGCUGUGCUCAAAAACCAGAGGAGUCAAGACACAGGGAAAAUUCGGGCACCUCAGUCUUUAAAAGCUGCUUCCUCAGGGCUCUGGGUUACAUCUGCCGGGGCACCAUUCCUCACAGCAGGAAUAACUUGCCGAGUUUUCCAGUCUGACUAACCUCUGUGGCUCGCGUUUCGGCUUUCCCCACAUUUGAUUUAGUUGGCGCAGGCCACAUACACUAAAAUAUGGUGUAUUUUGGGGAAAACUGGUUCUGGCUCCUUCCUGUAACAUCUGCAGGAAUGGGCUGGACUCUCUACCCUUGUGUACAGUUCAAACCCAAGCUCGUUAAAUAUUUAUACCUUGUACCGUGGAUCUUAUAUCUGUACAGGCCCUGUGACAGCACAAGUGUUUUCAAGCCCUGUUUAGCUGUGGUUUCUAGACUAACCCUUCCAAGUGCUUUUACCCCUGCAGUAAUUCUCACAGCAAGCCGCCUGCCUGCAGAGCAAAAAGAAAGCAGUGCUGUGUUUUCGCCCAUCUUCAGCUGUCCUGCAGGCCCGUGUUCCUAGCUGCUGCCCUUGGGUGCAAAGCGGCGUGGUCCCUGUUCGUCGGGUACAGUACGGCAGUAGAGCACAAUGUUCCUGGUCGGACUCUCGGGUGGAAUCGCAUCGGGAAAGAGCACGGUGGUGGCCGUACUCCGGGAACUGGGCUGUGCCGUGAUUGAUGCCGAUGUUAUUGCCAGGGAGGUGGUGCAGCCCCACUUCAAGGCCUAUCGGCAGAUAGUGCAUUACUUUGGCACUGAGAUCCUCUUGGAGAAUGGAGAGAUAAAUCGUGAGGCUCUAGGAAACAUUAUCUUCUCCCACCCGGAGAAACGGCAGCUGCUGAACUCCAUCACACACCCAGAGAUCCAGAAGGAGAUGCUGAAGCAGAUCUGGAAGUACUUUGUGCUAGGCUACCGCUAUGUGAUCCUCGACAUCCCUCUGCUCUUUGAGACCAACAGAUUGACCAAGUUUAUGAAAUACACUGUCUUGGUUUAUUGCGACCCGCCGACGCAGUUGUCUCGGCUGAUGAAGAGGAACAGGCUGUCCCAGGCCGAGGCAGAAGCUCGCAUCGCCUCCCAGCUGCCGCUGGACGAGAAGCGCAAAUUAGCGAGUCAUGUCAUUGACAACUCCGGGGACCGGGAGAGCACACGCAGGCAGGUCCUGAAGCUGCACGCGCGCCUGGAGGAUUCCCUGGAUUUCCUCUGGGCACGGCUGGUGGUGGGCACAGUUGUAGCUGGGCUUGGAGGGCUGGUGUACCUCCUCCUCCGGCGUUUCAUCUCUUAAUUCACCUUUUCUUUUUGUCAUGGAAGAGGCCUGAAUUUCCAGGUUUGAAAAGGGCAGUGAAAGGCCACCUCUUUUAAUGAGCUUUGCCAGCUGAAUGCAGACAGUGGGGUGAGGCAUCUCCUUGCAGACUUCCCAAGGUGAGCGUAGGGGUUUUUUUCUGGCACUGUCUCCCCUCUCCUUUCUUCCUGCUCAAGUUCUUACCCACCAGCUAUGCCUGUGGGAUGGGACCACUCCCCUUGCGAGGCUGUGGCCUGUGGAGGGGAUGAAGCCCUCGUUGUCCCCCCGUGGGUCUGUACGGUGGGACUUCGGUGAAUUUAGGCACUUUAAUGUCUUCCAGGACAAUCUUUUCACUGGGGGAGUAGGUGGCCUCUCAGGUCCUGUUUCUGCUAGCAGGUGUCCCCAGGUUGAUCACCUCCUAGCUCACAGCUCCGGCUAAUCUGAAUUUAGCCAUGGGAUUUUCCCUUCUUUCAUGUUGAUUUAAUGGAAACAUGUUAAAUCUGCCUGAGCGGGGGGACAGACAGCACCUCAUUUCACAUGGGUUAGGUGUUCAGCUGGCUGCUUGCCCUCCUUCCUGCCCUCUAUUUCUGCAAUCAUCACUUGUGGGUCACCCUUGGCUUUGGAUCUGAGGGUCUGAUACGUCCCCCAAGCAGGCUGAGACCUACAACCUGCCUCACUGAAACUCAUUUACUGCUGUUUGAGUUUUCCUUCGGCGGCAGUUUCCCCGUGGGAGAGCACGAGUUGGGGCGAAGCGGGUGUUGCCUCUUCAUGUUUGUUUUAAUAAAGUGCUAAACAGCA